AUUGAGGAAAUCACCUUUAAGAAUUACUACACUGCCUAUGUGACUGUGCGUCUGUUGAGGAGGAGCCCCGGGCAGGAGGUCCCCGCUAAGUGGAGCACCACCCUGAGAGACCUGCCGCUGAUGGACAACCCCCACACCGAGGGAGGCUCCCAGGACUACUUCUCCAUUCACAGGACGCAGAUGCAGGUGGAGCCGGAUCACGUGGUGUCUGUGAGACUGAUCCUGAGACAGCCGUCCUUUGCCUGGCUCACCUUCAGCCUGGAGGACAUCAGAAUAUUCCCUCACAUGGAGCCGGACCCAGAGAAGGAGGUUUCUGAUUGGCUGUCUGACCUGACCCUGGGCGACCAACAUCCUGACCUGGAGGGCCUCCCAGACCCCCAGACCGUGUCCUCCAGCAUCCAGCAGAUGUGGGCUCUGACUGAGGUGAUGCAGACCAACCAGACCACCGCCUCCAUCGGACGAUUUGAUGUGGACGGAUGCUACGAUAUCAACUUGCUCUCGCUGACGUAACGUCUCUUCGUGGAGGACUCGAGGAGCGUAAAGGCCUGUAAAAAUGUUCAUUGUCUGCUUUGAGAAGAGCUGCGAAGAAAAACAAAGAACUAUUAUGUAUUUGUUGCCUUUUUUUACUUUAAUUAAUUGAUUUUAACAUUAAUGUAUGGAAGCCCUGAGAGGUAAGUGAGAAAAACACAAUCUUGUUUUUCUCCACUUUCUGAGUUUAUGAGUCAACCUGAAGGUUUUAAUUUCACUAAACAAAGUAGAUAGAAUGUGUUCACACUGUAUUUUAUUCACUGUUGUAUUUAUAUCAGUGUCAAUCUGCUGUUCACCUGGAAGAAAAACAUAAAUUCUUUUAGACCAUAAACACAUUUAACACUUUAUUAUUACACAACUUUUUUUCACGUUUUCACAGAAUGAAAAAAAAAACAGAUGAAAAAAAUUCAGUUCUUAUAAACCCAGGAGAGAAAACUUCUUAGAUCAGACUUAAUAUAAAUUUAAAAUAUUAAAAUAAUAGUCUCACUUGCUACUCAAGGCUUCCGUACUAAUGAGAAUAUCAUGAUUUAAUUUAUUUAACAUGCUUUUAAAGCUUGUAAGUUUCAUUUAAGGGAAAAUCCUGUCAAUAAAAACACAGUAUUAACUUCA